AUGGCGUCGUCUAUCUCUCUCAAAACGUGUUUUAGCUCUCUCUACAAUGAUCUAAACAACAACCGGGGUUUUGGAAGUGGGGUUUUGCCUACAAGUUUUUGGGUUAAAAAGGAGUGCAAUUUGAGGGGGAAGAGAUUGAUUUUAUCAAAGAAAUUUGAAGCGAAUUGCUUGAAGGAUAAAGAUAUGGAUGUGAAAACUUCAGCUUUGGUUGAUGGUGUGGCAGAUCUGUAUCUUUUUGCAGAAAUUGAGAUUAAGGAACCUAGUGUUUCGACAGUAGUGAUGAAUUUCGAGAACAAGUUUGAUCCAUAUGGUGCAAUGAGUACACCGCUUUAUCAAACAGCUACAUUUAAGCAGCCCUCAGCUAUAACAAAUGGGGCUUAUGAUUAUACCAGAAGUGGAAAUCCUACAAGGGAUGCCUUAGAAAGCCUCCUUGCGAAGCUAGAUAAAGGAGAUCGAGCAUUAUGCUUCACAAGUGGAAUGGCUGCUUUGGCUGCUGCCUCUCAUCUUGUUGGAACAGGCCAGGAAAUUGUUGCUGGAGAUGACAUAUAUGGCGGUUCCGACCGAUUGUUGUCACAAGUAACUCCAAAAAACGGAAUUGUGGUGAAACGAGUAAAUACAAGUAAUCUAAAUGAAGUAGCAUCUGCAAUUGGUCCCCAUACAAAGCUCGUGUGGCUAGAGAGCCCAACUAACCCUCGUCAACAAAUUUCUGAUAUUCGUAAAAUUGCAGAGAUGGCUCAUGCACAUGGUGCCCUUGUCAUGGUAGAUAAUAGUAUUAUGUCUCCUGUAUUAUCACAACCAUUGGAACUUGGAGCAGACAUUGUGAUGCACUCAGCGACUAAAUUUAUAGCUGGACAAAGUGAUGUCAUGGCAGGCGUGCUUGUGGUAAAAGGGGAAAGCUUGGCAAGAGAUUUGUAUUUCCUCCAAAAUGCAGAAGGCUCUGGGUUAGCACCAUUUGACUGUUGGAUUUGCUUACGAGGCAUCAAAACCAUGGCCUUACGAGUUGAGAAACAGCAGGAGAAUGCACAGAAAAUUGCUGAGUUUCUUGCAUCACAUCAGCGGGUGAAGAAAGUAAAUUAUGCUGGUCUUCCUGAUCAUCUUGGACGUGAUUUGCACUAUUCUCAGGCAAAGGGUGCGGGAUCUGUGCUUAGCUUUUUAACUGGAUCACUAUCACUCUCAAAGCACGUUGUUGAGACUACCAAGUAUUUUAGCAUAACUGUCAGUUUUGGGAGUGUGAAGUCCCUUAUAAGCAUGCCCUGCUUCAUGUCCCAUGCAAGUAUACCAGCUGCAGUACGAGAAGCCAGAGGUCUCACUGAAGAUCUUAUUCGUAUCUCAGUGGGGAUAGAAGAUGUCAAUGAUCUGAUUGCUGACUUAGACCGUGCACUGAGAACUGGACCAUGA